AUGGAAAACUCCGGGCGUUCUAGUUCGUCGAAAUUCGGGCGUAGAACUUGGGAUCGUGAAGAAUAUGCACAAUUCGAGAAAGAUUCAAGAGGCAAGCAAGAUUCGAUAUUCGGGUCUCUUAGUGAUGAACAACUGCAGAAACUGAAAUCUAAGUACACCAAUCAUAGUUUACUGGUCAAAGAUAUCACCAAAAACUCAAAUCAAAGGGUGCUUACAAAUGCAUUGACUUCCUACAAAAAGGGCAAACAGUUUGGUUUUUACUGUGAGUUGUGCGAUCUUACUUUUAAGGAUACACUGCAGUUCGUGGAUCAUUUGAAUCAUAAAAUCCAUCAGAUUAAGUUUGAAAGAAUAUUUAAUGAACCUCUGAUAGCCGACCUUCGGGAUAACGACGAUGUAUCACUUCGGGAAUUUGAUGAGAGCUACUCCAGCACAAUCCGAGACUUCUUGAAGUCAUACGGCUCCGGCGGCAAAUCAAAACCCGGGACCAAGCCUGCCCUAAAACCGCCUAAGCCGGCCGAAAAAGAACGGGUCGAACAAACAGGCUUGAAUUCUGUGAUGGGAUUUGGUGAUUUUGGGAGUACUAAAAAGUGA